GCGAAAUUUUAAACUAUGUGUAUUCCGAAAUUUUAUUUAAGUUUACCUUAAUUGAGCGAAUAGUUUGACAGAAGCAGCUGUCAGUCAUGGCAUCAAAUCAACAGAGCUUUGAAAUAAUGCUCAGUUAAGAAUACAUCGAUAAUAAAAUGUUGCUGCUUGGGAUCUGCUUAAUUUGCAGUGUUACCCCUUUUGUGCUGGAUGCAUUUCCUGUGGAAUCUCAGGCCAAUUCCAAGGAUUUGAGUGUCCUGACUGCUCACUUAGCCGAUCCCGCCGACUAUCCCGACCUCACAACUGGUCUUACCGAUGCUGAGGUUCAGGAGAGCCUUAAAGAUCUAACCCUAGAUGAUCUGAACUCCUUGAACAAACUACUAGAUGAGCGCCUUAGUCGAGAUGAAGAUGUCGACUCUGACGCAAGUCAAACAGGCCAUGGUAGACAAGCGGUGGCCAAUAUACGCAAGCAGGAUUUUCAGUACAUGGAUGUAGGUCUUGAAGAUGGCUGUCGGGACGACGAGGAUUCCGAUGAAAUCAAGCCUGCUUUGUGCACCAAGAAACCCACUUGCCUGACCACCAAGCGCUGCCCAAAGAAAAGCACUUGUGCGCCGAAAACCACUCGAAUGUGCUCAAAUAAAAACGCUUACGACAAUUGCAAGUCAAAAUCCGGUGGCUAUAUGGACGACGAUCUGAAUAAUGAAGCUACCAAAUCUCCGAAGCCAAAAAACAAGAAGUGCAAGAAACCAAAAGAUGACUCCGAAUGCGAGGCAGAUGACUUUUUGUGCCACGCCAACAGGCAAUCGAGAGGCAAGGAAAGUAGAAGCAAACUUAAGGAUGAGGAAUAUAUUCCAGUUAGGCGGGAGUUAGGUGGAAAUGCGCAACUGGGUGAGGAGCUCAUACCAGCAUUAAAUGAUCAAGGUGAACCAUUGAAUGAUGCACACAUGGAUCUAUCAAGCUCGGAGAUUGACAGUAACUUAGGUUUAGAAAACCAAGCGAGUUUGCAGCAAGGUCAGCUUUUCCUCUUAGGAAAAGAUAGCAAGAUAAGUUCAGAGCAGAAACAUCAAUCUAAUUUGAAAGACGAGUAUAGUCGUCAAAAUUUCAUGCAGGAUUACCCCGUAAGCUUAGGCAAAUUAAAAGAGCAAGAUCAGGCCAACUUAGAUCUGAAGUUUGAUCGUGAACAAUCUACAAACUUGGAACUUAGAAGCCAGCCCACUUUGGAUCAAGAACAUCAGUUUAAAUUAGCACAGCAAUAUCAGAGUAACUUAGAUUUGAGCAAUUUGGGUAAUUUCGAGCAGGAGCAUCAGGCUAAUUUCAAUUCAGAAUAUCAGUAUAACUAUGAGAAAGAUCAUCUGAACAGCUGGGAGAGAGAACAUCUGGCAAACUUUGAUGAUGGACAUCCAGCUAGUUUGCAUCAAGGUGAACAGAACUUUAAUCGGAAUCAGAAAGUAUCAUAUAUAGGGGGAGUCGACAGGCCUGAAAACGAACCGAUAGCGAAUGAAGCAGCUCCACUUGAUCCUUACGAUCUCCAUCAGCUCUCCAGGAUGGCACAUCGUAAAAGGGAACAAACAGAGAAGCAAUUUGAGGAGCACGUGCACAAUGAAGGUAACAAUAAACAGACGAAUAUCAAGGAUGAGCUGAUGCCGCUAAACGAUAAUCUGCCCAAGCAGGAACAUCUCUUCGAUAGCGAAAGUUUUAUUGCCAAUAAUGCUCGGGAUCCACCACGUUAUUUAAUUCAAAUGCAGAACGACUACAUACAAAGUGAAAACGCUGGUGGCGAGCAUCGAUUGCUGGAGGAUCGAAGAGAAAGCGAAGCGUUAAACAUGGACAAACUCACCGAAGAGUUGCCCAGAGCCAUGGAGCACUUCAAUUUGGAUUCAGCAUACAUGAGGAAAAAGCGCGAGAAUAAGAACAGUGAUGACUCCCCCGAGAACUCCAAAGAAACGUAUAUAAAGAAGCUGAUGGACUCUUUUCCGCGGGAUCAGGGUGGCCAGAUCAAUGCCCAUUCGGGGCUGAGGGCGUCCAAUCUCGCCCAUUUGCGCAUCAAGCGAAGUUGAGUUAUUUAUAUUAUACGCUACACUUAAUAAAUGCCAUUGUAUAUUUUUUAAAUGCACCCAUAAAAUGAUAA